CACGGACAUACCAUACAUACAGGAAACCCAGGGGGAGAGGGAGUGAGAGAGUAGAGAGCGAGAGAAGCGGCUUACGGGUACGCUUAGUGGCGUGCUCAGAGAGGUGGGGGCGAUCGUUAACGGCGUGUACAUAUUUUGGAGGGUUCCUUCUCUCCUGAACCGAUCAAUCUAGGGUUAGGACUUUGGAUUUUCUAGCUCCUUUCCGUUCUUGAUUUUUAGCCUUUCCUGCUGCGGCUCACGGGAACGGUUAGACUGACUUGCGUGCUUAGUAGAGGAAUGGAGUCCACUCUCGUGAUCAAGGUCCAAUAUGGGGACACCCUGAGGCGGUUCAAUGCCCGCGUGAAUGGAAAUGAGAAUCUGGAUCUGGACAUGCUCGGUCUGAAGGCAAAGAUCUUCAGCCUCUUUGACUUCCCUACUGAUACUGAUGUGACGCUGACCUACAUUGACGAGGAUGGGGACAUAGUGACACUUGUUGAUGACGAUGAUCUGCGUGAUGUAAUGAGGCAGAACCUGAAAUUCCUGAAGAUUAUAGUGACGCCAAACACUGAGAGGAGAGGCAGGUCAUACGCCAGGUCCAGUGGAUGCUCUACACCACGGAGGUCACCCAGUGUGCAACAACCUAUUCCCAAUAUUCAUGCUGUUGUUGCAGAAGUUAUGAAGACUGUGCCAGAAACACUUCGAGAGGCGGUUUCGAAGCUCUCUGUGGACUUGCGUUCGAAAUCUACAUCCUCAAGUCCGACAAUCGUGGAAUUGGUUGAGCAGUUGGUGAAGAAGGGGGUGGGGCAUCCUUUCUUGAAUCCAGUCUCACAGGUGGGUGCUUCUGCAAGUUCUACGUCACCUGCUACAGCUGCUGAGGGCACCAAGGAGGCAGGCAUGCCACCAGAUGUGCUGCCUAAAGCAGCCAGUAGCACGUGCUCCAAAAAGAGUCCGCAUGGGGAUUCUGUAGCUGCUACUCCCAGUGUACACCCACCAGUUAUUGCUGAUCUGCAUCCGAUCGAUCUCAAUGUUGAUCCAACUGUGACCUUGAACCCUGCCAGUGAUAUGAAGGAGUCGCAGAAGGUUGGUGGAAAACCUGGUGGCUCUAGUUGCUCUGCAGGUUCAGCAGAAACUACUGCUCUUCCAAAUAGGAAUUUCCCACAGGCCAUGGGAUUUACAGGCAGCUCUAGUUUAUGCCCUUUUAGGGGAUUGCCUCUUCUGAAUGAGGGAAAUAUGCCCUCGCAUGGCAUGUGUCGUUCUAAAAGGGGCUGCAAGCCUACGGAUGUCGGUGGGGUAUUCCACAGGGGUAUUCGCUGUGAUGGCUGUGGCGUUCAUCCUAUCACUGGACCUCGGUACAAGUCACUUGUCAGGAAAGCUGAUUAUGACCUGUGCAGCAUCUGUUUUGCGGAAAUGGGACGCGAGGGUGACUAUAUUCGCAUAGACAAGCCCAUGUCUUUCAGAUCCAUGAGGGGUCUCAAGCAAGUACCUCAACCUUGGAUCCCGCCAACACUACCACAUGUGUUACGCCCUGCGUUCAAACGUGGUCAUCCCAAGCUAGACAGUCGCUUUGUUUCUGAUGUCACCAUAAUGGAUGGAACUGUCAUGGCCCCAUCAACCCCCUUCACCAAGAUUUGGCGUAUGCGCAACAAUGGCAACUUUGAUUGGGUUUCAGGCACAAGGCUUGUUUGGAUUGGAGGUGACAAUUUCAGUGAGAAGGAUUCGGUGGAAAUAGAGGUUCCUCCUCAGGGUGUCCACUUAGAUGAGGAACUUGAUAUUGCUCUUGACUUUGUUGCACCUGCCUCACCUGGUCGGUACAUCUCGUACUGGAGGAUGGCAUCUCCCUCUGGUCACAAAUUUGGGCAGCGGGUCUGGGUCCUUAUUCAGGUUGAUACUCCUGCAGAUGAUUCUGCUGACAAGACCUCUGGGGCUUUAAACCUGAAUCUGCCUCCUGAGACCAUUGGUACGAUACUGCAGGAGAUGAAUUCUCAGUUUGCUGGUGGUGUAGAUGACUUCUUCGGGCCCAGCAACUCCACUACAGCCGGCAAGCCAGUGCAACCGUUCGCGGAGGAGCAGCGGGGGAAAGAGCAGGAGCAAAACUUUCCUAUUGAUGAUGCUCUCUUGGUUGGAAAUGUUGCUUCAGCAUCUGCCCCUCCUGAGUCUUCUUCGACUAUCUCGUAUCCCAUCAUUGAUCCAUCUGAUGUGGGCGAAGUUGCGGCAUCGGUUCCUGCGCCUGCCACUCCAGCUGCACCAGCACCAGCACCUGCACCUGCACCUGCUUCUGCGCCUGCUUCUGCACCACUGUUCCCUGCCAAGGAAGCAGUGGUACCGUCUGGAAAUGCUGGUGCAAAGGGUGAUGUUGAGCAGAACCUUCUGAAGGAGCUGGCUGAGAUGGGAUUCAAGCAGGUCGACUUGAACAAGGAGGUCUUGAGGAUGAACUCAUAUGACCUGGAGCAGUCUGUGGAUGAUCUCUGUGGUGUUUCUGACUGGGAUCCUAUCCUCGAGGAGCUACAGGAGAUGGGUUUCUGUGACAAGGAGAUGAACAAGAGGUUGCUGAAGAAGAAUGAUGGGAGCAUCAGGCGGGUCGUGAUGGAUCUUCUCACCGGAGAGAAGGCUUAAGGGACUUCCUUUCUAUAGUUGAUAAAUAAAUAUAGAGAUGUGAGGGAACUGUUUUAGAAUAAAUAUACGUAUUUAUGUACUUGCAACUAAACUCUCUGUUGGGAUAGAUAUGCUUUCUAGUUGUCAUGUCGGGUUUGGAACUUCUCGCAGCUGUGGGCGGAAGUUCUCUUAGGUUUUGACUAUGCUCUGUAAGAGCUUUUAUUUGCAUCUCUACUUAUAUGCAAUAGAGACUGGGUUCGUGCUGUGUACAUUGUUAUUUGCUUA